AUGCAUCCUGCAGCCUUUGUUGCAUGCCUAGCCGGCCUCGCUGUCGCCGCCCCAGUGGGAAAAAGCAUCGCUGAGCCAGCGAAGGGCGAGACAAUUCAGCCCGUGGUGCAGGACUACGCAAGCUACGGCGAAUACUACAUCAAAUACGGCGACUACCCUUCAGUUGCCGAGGCACGGUCGGCCAGCAUGGCUCUUUCCAAGCGCGGAUACUCUUGCUACACCUCAUACACGCCCUAUCCGUCAGCCCUGGAUGCCGAGGCUCCGGAAUCCAGCAUGGCAGAAAAGCGAGGAUACGGGACAUAUGCGCCGUACUGUGUCUACGGCGCAGCUGCCGAGGCUGAAGCUGCAAAGAUGAAAGAUGCGAAUAUGUCCAAGCGCCACAUGGCCAUGAGUGUGCCAGAAGGCACGGCUGUGGAUGCGGACACGAUGGAGCAGCAGGAUAUGGCUGUUUCUGUGGGAGAUGCAGCGAUUGAGCAUGACGCUGCUAAAGUGACUUACCAGACGUACAGUCCAUACAGUGCGUAUGCCAACUAUCCGAGCGGAGACAUGGCAUGA